AUGGCUGCACUUCAAGUCUGGUCUGUUGGGCCCACAGCAGUUGGGUCCUUCACAGGGAAUAGCUGGCCGUGCUGGCGGCAAUCCUCCUCCUCGUCCUUUGUGCUGUCCAAUGAAAUAGGCCAAACGAAAAUUAUCAAUGGAUCUGCACCUGAUAUUGCUGGGAAGGUUAGCCUUUCUAACUUGUUCUUCGGCAGACCUCGUCGGGACGGAUACAUCUCAACCAUCGUUUUUGGCGCGUUGGUCUUCCCGAAGAAAUGGUGUUCUGUGGCGAAAUUGUUGACCACAUCCUCCUUGCCAGAGAUGAGUUGUUCUUGGGUGGAAAAGCUAGCGGUAAUCCCUUAUCCUGACUUCAUCUAUGACAGUAGGUUCACGAUCAACAAAUAUAGAUCUAGGGACAUGCUUUCCUGA